AUAUUGCUUUAUGGCGCCAGUUUUAUUGCAAAAAAAGGGGACUUUCACUGGACACUCCCCUAAAACCUUGGACGUGGAUGUCUGCGUCUCUGAUUGGUUGUGAAGCCCCAAACGACAACACCUGCUUAACUCCUUCAUCCAAAUUGACACCCGGGGCUCUGAGAAAUAUAGGCAGCAUCCCUUCCAGCUCAUGCAUUCAGACCCACAGCUGCCCCCAUUAGACACCAAGGCGCAGCUGCGUUGAUCGCUGAUCCAAGGUGAACCCUCGCACACACUCGCACACUGCCGGAUCUUUGCUGGGAGUCGAGGCGCGCUGACGGAGACGCGAUGUUGGUCAAGCUGGCUGUGGCGCUGCUGGUUUUGUCAGUGCUGGAGCAAGUAGUGGGAUCGGAUAAUGUUGAUCUCCAUGACAGCCUCCCGGAGAAGCCUGCGAGUCAGAAAGGACGCCUCUCCUUGCAGAACACAGGUAAGAAAUGACUGUCAGUGCAGAUAUGAAUGUGGAGACUAUUGGUUGGUGCAACAGCUCGCGCAUCUACGUGGGGUUUGUCCGUACACGUGUUUCUGUGGUUGCAGAUUAAACCACGCUGGGGACUUGACCGGCCGACUGGAUUAAUCCGCUCUUUUUUUUUUUUUUUACCUGAAUUCGGCGCUGUGAUGCAAAGCAGUGACCCUUUCGAUUACCAAGAAAGACGAUACCUUGUAAAUACUCUCAGACAGAAAUCCAAUAUGUUAGUAAACUAUUAAUAGAACGGUACAAGGUAAUAGGUAAUAUAUACGGCAGCGCUAGGUGUGCGUGCGCACUGCUGUGCGCGAGUUAUGUGACAGUUUUGGUGGUUUUCUGGAAGAAAUGUGUCUCCUGCACGUUUCUCCCCUUUCCUGAAUGUCGAACGAUGUUAUCAGGCAGGUUUGUAGAUCAUUCAUAGUGCUGAUAGGCUGGUGCUUGGUCAGCGCUGAAGGCAAGUAGGAGUUUGUUUUAUUGAACCAACAUUCAUAGAAAAUGUUGCGAACAGAAAAAAGAAAAUACGAGUUUGAUUUGUCUUCUUACCACAGAGCAUUAACACCACGCCGGACUGCUGCAUUCGCCCUAAAUCAUCUUUUGUAUUGCCUCGUUGCAUUUUUUUCUCUCCACACGGUUACAGCAUGCCUUACGACCCACCAUGUAAACCCAUGUCAAAAUGUGACAGCACCAUUAUUAUCUCGCUCCCACGCUGAAAAUGGGGACAAACUCCUGUGCAGGUUUCACAGCAGAGACCCUGGUAACACCACUGUGUAACUCAAUGCACGUUGCGGCCGAGCUCGCACGAUCCAAGCACAUUCCCGUGAUGCCAAAACAAGCACUGCUGACAGCGGCUCACUUUUCCUGCGCACUAAAGUUCAACUCUGUGCCUACAAACCCCCGCAGCAGCUCGGCCCCUUCUCCCUACUACUGCCCCCUCCCCCCAACAGAGGCUCUUUGUUGACAAGCGUGAUUUCUCAUAAGGCACAUUUAAUCCAUUGUUUGCUCUGUUCAGGUCAGUCUUUUUUUACGCAACUGGUGCGCUCUUCAGACAGAAGGAAAAACGUUUUGACGCCAGUGACAGCUCACAGACAAAUCCUUGUUUGCUAAUGUAAUGACUUGGUUAUUCUAUGGGCAUAUUGAAACUACAAAAUGCAUGCAAUUGGCAAUUGUAACUUAUGGAGGAAACGCUCCAAACGAUGUCACAUAAGGUAAGCAGCAGUUUCUGUGACAGGUUCCCAGCUGGCAGUCAGAUGUCUCAUUAUACAUGCUGUCAGACAGCAAUUUGGGGUUACACGAGAGACAUUCACGUUCCCUCGGUAAUUUCUGUUCUCAAUCAUCAGUUUUAUUCCUGUCUUUCAUGGCUGCAGUUAAAAGAAAUUGGCAUUUGAGAACAUGCCGCUGGUGUGCAGAAGCUGAUAUUAUGUGUUCACAUGACAUCUACUUACUUAUUCGAGUUUUUGGUAUGCACCGCUGCUGCUGUUCCUUCAGUUAUGCACCUUUUAUUUAGAGAUUCCUCUAUGCUAACUCAUCCUUUCUUCAAAUGCAACAAAGUGAGACUUGUUGAUGCAUAUUUUAGUUAACAGAAAAUAGAGAAGACUGCAUUUGUGUUUCCUGUACAAGUAGUCAAAGGCUGUAUCUGCAAUGCAGCAUCCCUUCUCAAUGCUAGGCAGUGCAGAUGGAUUGUGCUGCAGAAUGACACAGUAUUAUCUGUCACCAAGUGUUCCUCUGCAGGAACCCCUCGGCUUGAGAAAUAAGACUUCUCCUCCUCUCCUCAUCCCUCACUCCCUGCAUCCCUUUUCUCUCUCACGUUCUAGGUUAUGAAGACAUGCACAACCGCCGUGUCUACAAAAAUAGUUAUACGCCACAUCAGCUUUGUAAUUUGUGCAGCAAUCAGUUCCUUGGAGCCAUACGGUCUUCAUUGCCAGCGUGCCCAAAACAAUCUGCCGCUGUCUCAGCUGUGAACAGAUGAUAAGGUCCCUCCCCUAACCUGUUCUCUCUUUUCAGCUGAGAUCCAGCACUGCCUGGUGAGUGCAGGGGAUGUCGGCUGUGGUGUGUUUGAGUGCUUUGAGAAUAACUCCUGUGAGAUACGAGGGCUACAGGAAAUCUGCAUGACGUUCCUGCACAACGCUGGCAAAUUUGACUCUCAGGUACUAAACUAGUUUGUCCUUGUGUUUGCAAAAAGUGAUAUAACUGAGGGCAACAUUCCUUUCCCCGCUUCACUGGCUCACUCUUCCUUACUUAACAGCCAUGAAAUGAUUUUUUUACUUGUUUUUUUUUUCCUUCUUCAAACCAGUAUUUCGACAAGUGCAAACUUUCAUUCACUCCUCCGAUAAUCUCUUUUCCUCUCAUGGGAAGUUCAUUUCUCUCUCAGUGGACUGAUGCAUGUACAGUUAGAAGCAGGGGUCAUGAGCCAGUUGGCCAGAAGCCCGGUCAGCUCCUUUUUCAUACAUAGCAGAGGCUGAAGCCCUGCCAAGCCAGGCCUGACCAGGGCCCUAAUAUGUCAAAUGGGUCACAUACAAGAAACUUACAUCUUUGGCAAACACACCCAGAUGAUUUCAGCAACAGAGUAGCACGAUUCACUACCAUUAAUGCAGAAUUCCAUUACUCUAUAGUCCACACUCAUAUGAGUUUGUUCUCACAAAACAACACAUAAUCUCUAACACAAUCGAAACCAGUUUACAACAUCUUCCAAGCCCACAGUGCAAGUGCAAUAGUGUUUUCUUUGCUCAUUCUUAAGUGAAAACAAAUUCAAGGUUUCUGUGUCUCACUUUUAGGGGAAGUCCUUCAUCAAAGAUGCUCUGAAGUGUAUGGCACAUGGGCUCCGGCACAAGUUCAGCUGUAUCAGCAGGAAAUGUGUGUCCAUUAAAGAGAUGGUGUUCCAGCUCCAGAGAGAGUGUUACAUCAAACACAACCUGUGCUCUGCUGCAAAGGAGAAUGUGGCGGUCAUGGUGGAGAUGAUCCAUUUUCAAGAUCUCUUCCCUAAAGGGUAAGCAGCUGCAUGUAAUUUUUGCAGCCUGUCCCUUUAAUCUCUGAUUGAUUACCCCCACUGGAUGCGUUUCUGUUUCUCCAUGUUGAGUAAAGUACCACCACAUUCAUUUAUUCAUUCAUGUCACUUCCUAGACCUAGAUGAACUGUGAUUCCAAAUGUCAAACCACAGCCUCCUCUUUCUCUGUUCAGUCCAUAUGUGGAGCUGGUGAACAUCCUUCUGAGCUGCGGUGAGGAGGUGAAGGAGGCGUUAACUCGGAGUGUCCGGCUGCAGUGUGAGCAGAACUGGGGGGCUCUAUGUGACAGCCUGAGCCUCUGCUCCUCCCUCGCCCCAUCUCCUGCCGGCUCACCUGUUGAACACCACCGCCGGCCCUCGCCCUCCCACCCUGAACCGGAGCACCCUCGCCCACCACGGCAAGGGGAAAAGGAGAAACCUGGUAAGGCGGGCUUCAACGCUCAUCCACGCAAUCGCAGUCAGGGACCCCGUCGUCAGAGUCCUGAGGCCGAUAUCGUGGCCGAGCAGGAAGAUCCCGAGGCCACCGACAUCCGGAGGUGAAAGCGCAGGAGACUGUCCUGACCUUUGACCCCUCACAAUGUUUAAAAAGCCACACUUGCAGACUCAUGCACACCUCCACACAUAAACACACACACACAUGCACACACUACUCUGGCACACUCAGAUUCCCAGACAGACUGAGCAGAAGGAAACAAGCCCCAACCUUUCCUGUUCUUAUUCCGCCCUCUCCAGUCAUUCCAGCAGUCCCACAUGGUAAACUUGCAGGGUAAAUGCGGUGUAGCUCGUACUGUUAUGCCAGACUGUAGGCCACACUUUUUUAAAAAGAAAUAAUAAUUGUUAUUAUCAUGAUUAUUUCAACUGUUAUGACUAUUUUGGCUCUAAUAUAGCAUUUCUCAAAUCAUACUUACUGUAAGAUUUGAUUAUAUUUGUAUUAUUUAUUUUAUUCUUUAUGCAAUGUCGAACUAUCAGAAUGUACAUAGAAAUAUACUAUCUAUAUUUAUAUAAACAUGUAUAAAUAUAGCUACAAUAUGCAAUACUGAUAUACUAUAGAUGAUAGUACAUGGUGUGCUGUCUGCGCUCUUCACAGUAUUGCACCCAUCACACUCUGGUCUGUACAUAUGUAACAUACACCGUUUGUUGUCUCAGAGUGGGAAUGUGUGUUAUAUUAUAGAUACUUGAGGAUUAAAUACAAAUUGUACAGGUUUCAAGUCCAGUUCUGGCACAUAUGAAAUGUAGUGCAUGAUGGCCACAAAGCCGACAGACUUGUGCAUCCUCAAAGUGAAAGUUCAUUUUUGAGAGGAUGCAAAUGUAAUACUAUGAAAAUGGACAGUUAUUUCACAUGUGCAUUGUAUUGGUAAGGCUCUCACAAAGCUAGAAAUAAGAGAGCAAAGACAGAUCUUCGAUGUCAUCAAGCACCGCUGUCUGGGCAGUUUUAUGGGCGACUAAGGACUUUUUUUUGUUGUUGUUGUUGUUUCAUAAGUAUUCAUGCAACUCAAGACAUGCAUCUUGUUUUGGAUGCAGAAAGUAUCAUAUCACUCCCACUCAUUGUUAAUAGAGCUUCAGGAGCUGUGUUGUCCUGACAUUAUGUAUUAAUGUCAUGUUUAUAGCUUCAGGAGAUAUCAUUGUUCUUGUUCACAGAUAAUAACUGAACUGUCAGAUGCUAUUCAUCCUCGCCUCAGUUGGUUUUCAAUGUAAGUCUAAGCUCGUUGGGAACUGCAGCAAAGGGAGGAUGUCUAAUUGAGUUCUUUGUAAAAUCUCACACAUCAAGGUGCCUAAACUUGUUAUUGUCCACGGCGACCGCUUCUCUGUGAUUUAAGUGAAUGGAUGAUACUGUGUCAGGGGGAGAUUUAUUGUUCAGCUGUUUCUUGAUGAUGAGCCACAAAAGUCUUAGAUUUUGCACUUUGGAUGAUUUGUUUCGAGCUGCUGCACGUUAAGAAACCAGACCAGGUUACCAGAGCAGUCACCCUGACGAGGAUAUUUAAAUUUAGCAACCCCGGCUCUACUUAUCAACUACAGCAACAACUCCUGUAUCCCCACAUGCACCCUAGGACCAGGUUUAGCCCCUUUUAAAGAAGAGCAAUGUAACACUCCUGUGGUGUCCCAGAGGGCAGGAAAGAGGCUUGACAGGAACCCUCCAGAUCUCUGGCCCCUCUAAAUUAGCCCUUAUUCCUCUCUCUCUGGUCCCUUACCUAGGUCAGGAGAGACAUGAAGGCCUGUUAUUCUACCCGUCAGAGCCGCAGGCAACGCAGCAAGGACCCAGGAACUGGGUUAAGUCCACACACGGGGGCUCUGGCGCUGUUAUUCUAAAUGUUAUAUUUACCGAGGCCACCAGAGAAUUCCUCUAGGCUCCGGCCAAGAGCCAGCAACCCGGAGAGGCAGAAAGGAGAGAGACGUGCUCAACUUUUUUUUUUUUUUUUUAAAUUCCAAAUGUGAUGAUUCACUCCUGUCUUUACUUCUCCUUGUGCUGCUCUUCUCCCUCCUUUAGGUCACACACACAGGCUUUUGACCAUUUCAGGCCAGUCACAUGCUUUAGCGGUGGAAGUGCAGUUUGUGAGCACACAACACCACAUGCUGGGGAGCAACUGGUGCAGAAAGAAAAUAAAACAAGCUCAGAUUUUGUGGCUCGGUUUUUAAAUAAAACUUUUCUACCCCUUGAUGUAUUUACAGUAAAUUUUAACCCUUGCAAUCAUUAACAAACUAUUUUGAGCUUCAAGGGUUUGAAUCAUCAGUGAGGCUUGCACGCUUUUCUUUUUUUUUUUUUAUUCUGUUGUGGAAGUCGGGAUUCCUGUGACAUCCUGGCACAAGACAUAAGCUACUCCUAUUGAGAAUGUACUGUAUGAGUGUAAAGUUACAAUCUGUUCAGCUCUCUGUCAUUAAGUUUUGCUUUUUGUAAAAAUGUAGUGGCUUUAAUGGCUGUUGUUAAUGUGUUCAGAGGAAAAUAAAACUAACCACGUUUUAUGUAAUGUUAGGGAUCCAUCAUCACAUCGUGUGUUUUCCUCUGUAAAGCACAAGGACUCUGCUUUCACUGUUGAAAAUACAGAACAUGGUCUAGAAGUUAGUGACUUACUUGUAAGACAUUUGGCAUAGGUUCUUAUCAAUACAUUUGAACUCAUUCAUGAAGACGGAUGUAUCUUGUUAUCAUUAAAAUAUGUUUUGUCUGUA